AUGGCAUACAUCCUAUACACUGUCCUUCUAUUCUCUCUCUUGGCUGCAACAGUCCUCUACUUCACCCGUUCUCGAUGGACACCCUACCUCCCCGACCGCGUACAGGAUGUUCUGUAUCGCCUGCAUCCGAGUAAUUUCACGUACAGCCAGCUACCCUCCUCGUUCAUGGGCGACGUCGAAGGCGGCUUCACGUCUGCAGACUUCGAUCUGUCCUCGAACGUCAUGGAAGGCGAUUCCCGAGGGGGUUUGGACCAGACAGCCAAGCGGGAGAUCCAGCGACUCAUGAAGAUGCGAGGCAUCAAUUUCGACGAGGCGCGUCGUGUGUACAUGGAACAGCGCUUUAAGAAGAAUGGGAUUGGAGCCGACGGGAUACCUAAAGACCCUAAGUUUGUAUCGUUCUCUUGA